GCGCUCGCCCGUCCCACCGCCCCCGGGGGUAGUAAAGGCUCCGCCGUCCGCCGCCGCGUUCCCCCCCCGCCCCUUCUCCUCCUUUCCUUCUCCUCCCUCCCCGCCGGUCCCCGUCCCGCCAUGGUGGCCACGGAGGGUCUGCGGGAGAUGGAGGGCAGCGCGCUGCGGCGGCUGGUGUGCCGCGAAGAAGCCGGCGGCGGCGGCGGCGGCAGCAGCAGCAGCAGCAGCAGCGGGCGGUGCCUGUUGCUGGACUGCCGUCCGUUCUUGGCUCACAGCGCCGGUCACAUCCGCGGCGCGUUGAACGUGCGGUGCAACACGAUCGUGCGCCGCCGGGCUAAGGGGUCGGUGAGCCUGGAGCAGAUCCUGCCGGCGGAGGGGGACGUGCGGGCGCGGCUGCGCGCGGGGCUCUACGCCGCCGUCGUGGUGUACGACGAGCGCAGCCCGCGCGCGGAGGCCCUGCGCGAGGACAGCACCGUGGCGCUCGUGGUGCGCGCGCUCCGCCGCGACACGGCGCGCGCCGACAUCCGCCUCCUCGCAGGGGGUUACGAGCGCUUCUCCUCCGAGUACCCCGAGUUCUGUGCAAAAACCAAGUCCCUGAGCAAUGCGUCACCCCCCACCAGUGCCGAGACGCUGGAUUUGGGCUGCAGUUCCUGUGGGACCCCCUUUCAUGACCAGGGUGGCCCUGUGGAAAUCCUUCCCUUCCUCUACCUUGGCAGCGCCUACCACGCCGCCCGGCGGGACAUGCUUGAUGCUCUGGGCAUCACAGCCCUGCUGAACGUCUCCUCAGACUGCCCCAACCACUUCGAGGGGCUCUACCAGUACAAGUGUAUUCCUGUGGAGGAUAACCACAAAGCCGACAUCAGCUCCUGGUUCAUGGAGGCAAUUGAGUACAUCGACUCGGUGAAGGAGUGUUGCGGCCGGGUCCUAGUCCACUGCCAGGCCGGUAUCUCGCGCUCAGCCACUAUCUGCCUGGCUUACCUGAUGAUGAAGAAGCGUGUCAAGCUGGAGGAGGCCUUUGAGUUUGUCAAGCAGCGCCGGAGCAUCAUCUCCCCUAACUUCAGCUUCAUGGGGCAGCUGCUGCAGUUCGAGUCGCAGGUGUUGGCCACCUCGUACGCAGUGGAAGCAGUCAGUCCCUCGGGGACGCUGCGGGAGCGGGGCAAGGCCACCUCCACACCCACCUCUCCAUUUGUCUUCAGCUUCCCGGUCUCGGUCGGUGUCCAUGCCACCCCCAGCAGCCUCCCCUACCUGCACAGCCCCAUCACCACAUCGCCCAGCUGUUAGCUCAGGGGCUGAGGCCAGCCGGGCGGAGAGGGCCGGGCAUGGAGCGGGCAGGCGGGCACGGAGCCCUGUGAUGCUAAAGCAAUAGUGCUGGACACUGCCGUUCACCCUGGACUCAAUGUCUUCUUUUCGUAGAGAAAUUUCUUACCUCAUCUUGGUUUUCUUGCUUUGUAAUUUUAUGUUUUGAAAGCAUGAAAGUUGUAAAAGCCA